AUGAAUCCCAGGGACAGUAAUGCUGUCGCCGGAGGAAGUAGCAGUGAGGGAGCUGCCCAUAAGGGCGGUGGUGAUUCUAUGGUGGCGCUUCGGGACUUCGCCCAGCAGUUUAUGGUCGAGGUUAUGCAGAGUUCUCGGGGGCAGGAUCAUCCCAUCGUUAAGCUGGGAAAUUCUAUUAAGAAAUUCACUCACCUGAAGCCUCUUGCCUUCGCGGGAGGAACCAACCUGAUACUUGUAGAGAAUUGGAUUUGGGAAAUCGAGAAGAUUUUGGCCAUACUACGAUGCACCGAUGAGUAUAAGGUGCUACACGCCACAUUUAAACUGAUUGGAGAGGCCGAGAGAUGGUGGGAAGCAAUAAAGCUGCUUGAGGAGCAGAGACUGGUACCGGUGGCGAUGACGUGGAGCUGCUUCAGAGAGGUGUUUUUUGAUAGGUAUUUUCCAGCCUCUGUAAGGAAAGUAAAGGCAGAGGAGUUCCUGAACUUGACUCAGGGACAACUGAUAGUUCAGCAAUAUGCCGCCCGAUUUGUGGAACUGUCAAGGUUUGCUCUUUACAUGGUACAGGAGUUUGCUACACUAGUGGAUAAGGCCACUGUGGCAGAGGCGAACUUACAGGGAGAUGUGGAGGCUCAAAUUCUGAAGAAGAGGUCGAUGCCUUCUAAUUCACAUACGGGUGCAAGGCAGGGCCCUUGGAGGAGGUACGGUAAUGGCAGAGGCCAGCGAUAA